AUGGUCGCCGUCGAGCAGCUCAUCUUCAACUCGAUCCCGAGCGGCAAGCCCAUCCCCGGCGAGACGCUCAAGAAGAUCACCAAGGAGGUCGACCUCGACGCGCCGCUCGAGGAGGGCUCUGUCGUCCUCAAGACCAAGUGCCUCAGCUGGGAUCCGUACCUGCGCGGUCGCAUGCGCGACGAGUCCAAGGAGAGCUACGUCCCGGCCUUCAAGCUCGGCGAGGUCAUCGCCAACUUUGGCGUCGGCGAGGUCCUCCAGUCGCGCAACAGCCAGUUCAAGAAGGGCGACAACCUGUACGGCUCGCUCGACUUUGCCACGUACCAGGUCCUCCCGAAGGAGCGUGCCGACUCGCUUGUCGUCCUCGAGAACAAGGAGAACCUACCGGCGACGCUCUGGGUCGGGUGCUUGGGCAUGCCUGGCCAGACCGCGGCCUGGGCACUGCAGCAGGUCGCUCACGUCAAGAAGGGCGACACGGUGUUCGUGACGGGCGCCAUGGGUCCGGUCGGCCAGGUCACGCUCGGUCUUUGCCACGCUCUCGGCGCCCGCACCAUUGCCUCGGCCGGUUCCGCCGAGAAGGUCCAGUACCUGCGCGACGUCUACAAGGUCGACUGCGCCUUCAACUACAAAACCGAGGACGCCGGCGAGGUGCUCGCCAAGUGGAACAAGGAGAACGGCCCGUUCACGGUCCUCGUCGACAACGUCGCCGGCCCGCAGCUCGACGCCGCCCUCGAGCACAUCGCACGCGGUGGCCGCAUCGCAGCCAUUGGAAGCAUCGAGUCGUACAACGGUUCGGCGUACGGCAUCCGCAACGUCUUCCAGGUCGUCGCCAAGGAGCUCAAGUGGGAGGGCUUCAUCAUCCUGAACCACCUCACGCCCGAGGUUCUCAAGAAGUUCUACGACGAGGUGCCGCCUCUCGUCGCCAACGGCUCGAUCCCGGUCAAGGAGGCCGUCACGAAGGGUCUCGACAACGGCGAGUCCUUUGCGGCGCUCUUCGACUCGGAGAACUCGAACUUUGGCAAGGCCGUCAUUUCGUUCGAGUAG